AGCAAAUGCUGCAUGAUCUCUGAUGUUUGUUGAAAGGAUUUUUCUAAGACGGCGCACAAACAUAGAAUGGACUUCUCUGUAAAGAUCUCCGCAAAUAGAUUUGGAUAUAAGACCCGAGUCUCCCAUUAUGAGAAUCAUUCUGCUAGAAAGUGAAGCAAGUUCUAGCUCAACCAUGGCUCGACCUUUUCUGAUCGUUUUCCUGCUCGUCGGAGUCCUUACUCCACAGCUAUGCAGGGGGCAGGGAGAGGAUUCUUCCCUUGGGGUGACAGCCACCGAGACACCAAGUGAUUUCUUCCAGCAACUCCAGGACCUGUUUCCAGGUAUCGACCUAGCACAGGACGGGAGCAUCGAAGAACUCAUCCGUCAACUUUUGGUGGGUGGAGAUGAGGCGACUACGGAUUCGCCUGCCGUUGGUGAUGAACCGCUGCAGCAAUUUCAGGAUUUGCUUGGCGAAGAAGUCCAAGCUGCAAUCAUAGAGCAAUAUAUCCGUCAGCUGCUCGGAGACGACGUCCCGGACGAAGUAGUACAGCAGUUAGCCCAACUCCUAGCCUCUGGUUCGCUGGACAGUUUGAUGCAACCACUUCAGGAUCUUCUAUCUUCCCCGAUCAAUGGAAGCAAUCAAGUCCAGGCUGCGAUCAUCGAACAAGUUAUCCGUCAGCUUCUCGGAGACGCACAAGUCUCAGACGAGGUCGUACAGCAGCUAGCCAAUCUGCUAGCUUCCACCUCACUGGACAGUCUGAUCCAACCGCUACAAGAUAUUCUUGCUUCCCCAACUAACGGAAGCAAUCCGGUCCAAGCAGCGAUUAUCGAACAAGUUGUCCGUCAGCUGCUAAGCGACGUGGGUGUCCCGGACGAGGUCAUAGACCAACUUGUGGCCUCGGGCUUGCUCGAAAGUAUAACCCAGGCACUCGCGGAGAUUUUAUCAUCUCCGGAUAGUGGAAGCGAUCAAGUCCAGGCCGUGAUCAUAGAACAGGUUGUCCGUCAGCUGCUAAGCGACGCGGGUGUCCCGGACGAGGUCAUAGACCAACUUGUGGCCUCGGGCUUGCUCGAAAGUUUAACCCAGGCACUCGCGGAGAUUUUAUCAUCUCCGGAUAGUGGAAGCGAUCAAGUUCAGGCCGUGAUCAUAGAACAGGUUGUCCGUCAGCUGCUAAGCGACGCGGGUGUCCCGGACGAGGUCAUAGACCAACUUGUGGCCUCGGGCUUGCUCGACAGUUUAACCCAGACACUCGGGGAGAUUUUAUCAUCUCCGGAUAGUGGAAGCGAUCAAGUUCAGGCCGUGAUCAUAGAACAGGUUGUCCGUCAGCUGCUAAGCGACGUGGGUGUCCCGGACGAAGUCAUAGACCAACUUGUGGCCUCGGGCUUGCUCGAAAGUUUAACCCAGGCACUCGCGGAGAUUUUAUCAUCUCCGGAUAGUGGAAGCGAUCAAGUUCAGGCCGUGAUCAUAGAACAGGUUGUCCGUCAGCUGCUUAGAGACGCGGGUGUCCCGGACGAAGUCAUAGACCAACUUGUGGCCUCGGGCUUGCUCGACAGUUUAACCCAGAUUCUCGGAGAACUUAUAUCAUCUCCAGAUAACGGAAGCGAUCAAGUCCAGGCUGCUAUCAUAGAGCAACUUAUCCGUCAGCUGCUCGGGGACGCACCAGUUCCUGACGCCCUCGUAGAGCAAGUAGCUGAGACACUAGCUUCUGUCUCGCUGAACGACUUGUCCCAACAACUCCAAGCUCUUCUCGUUUCCAACAGCUCGGCCGCGGGACUUGACUUGUUCUCAGAAAACUCGACGACUCUUAAAGACGUACGGCAACUCCUUGUGGAUCUCGGCUUAGUACCCGAGGAGUUAGACUUGCAGGGCUUGACGAUGGCCGCCCAAAAUGUGCUCGCGAGGUAUCUCCAAGACAAUGUUCUCCAAAAUGUCUCCACGGUCUGCGCGAACAACACUCUGCAGUUUCUGACCGACAUAGGCAACGGCCAGCCAUACGCGAGCCAAAUGUGGCUAUCAAACGGAGACAUUCUAAAUCUGAAGGUGCUGACGACGUACAAUGCAGCCAGUCUGGGCAAUUUUGAGCAAUGUCAGGCAGUGAAUGUCUGGAACCAAGACGCUCCAUUCCAGACGAAGUACUGUAGCCUCAAUUACUGGGCCUCGGUCGCAACGCUCACCGUGGGCUUGUGCGUGCCCUCCAGCUGCACCGAAGCCGAUCUCAAGGAAAUCGUCCAAAGUAUUCCAGAAAUCGGGUCAAGUGCCGAGUUCAGUUGUGUCGUCCCUUACCCCUGGAAGACAGGAGCCAUUGUAACGUUGUGCAUCUUGGGUGUCAUUCUCCUAUUGGUUACCAUAGGCACCGUGUAUCACGUGAUAGUCCGAAGACGAAUCCAGGCCAACAUUACCAAAACCAAGGGCAAAAUUGAGAAGAUGGAAGAAGACACUAACAAAACUAUGAAACAGAAAGAAAAUGAGUAUGGGAAUGGAAUCAUCAGAACCGUCUAUUGGACGGGGAAAGAUGACGUGGAAAACAACGGCAGCAUUCCACAUUAUACCAACGGUGGGUUCGUCGACGUAGAGGACGCUCAAGAGGCCGCGGAGCACACCAAGCCUACUGCGCACGCGCAUGGCUGCACAUGCACGAUUAGAGCCAGCAAGAAAAAGGUUAAGAAAAUGGGUUUUCUGGAUGCUAUCAUGAUGGGGUUCUCGGCAUUGCACAACGGCUCGAAGAUCUUGAACACCAAGGAAACGGCUGGAAACCUGGGCGUUUUGAACGGCAUCCGCGUCAUCAGCAUGUGGUGGAUUAUUCUGGGACACUCCAUCUAUUUCAUAACGCCGUUCUUAGAUGAUCCUCGCUACACGGGUAUGGAGCUCUACCAAUCAUUCUGGUUCUCCGCUAUCAUUUACUCCACUGUGUCCGUGGAUACAUUCUUCUUCCUCAGCGGUCUCCUUCUGACGUACUUGACAUUGAAGCAUCUCCAGAAAGCCAACGGUAGACUGAACUGGUUUCUCUUCUAUCUCCAUCGCUUCAUCCGUAUCACUCCGGCCUACAUGAUCUGCAUCGCUGUCUGGACAACUUUGAUCGUUCAUUUCGGUGAGGGUCCAGGCAAGGUAGACCUGUUCGAAUCGGCGGCUAAUAUGUGCAGGGAACGAUGGUGGACCAACUUACUCUAUAUCAACAACUUGUAUCCGUUUCCUGGCCAACUUGGUCAGCAGUGUAUGGGUUGGUCGUGGUAUCUGGCGAAUGAUAUGCAGUUCUUCGUCAUUAGCCCCAUCAUCAUCUACCUGUUGUACAAGUAUUCCAAGCUGGGCCUUGGACUGAUCGUUGCACUGUGUCUUGCCUCAUUCGGCAUCACUGCAUACAUAGCUACCAAGUACGGGGUAACUCUUGGUGUAGCCAUCAACCCACCAUAUAGCAACAACAACACAAUCAUAGACUAUGGGAAUGGCAAUCCGGACAUCAUAUACGGCAAGCCUUACUGCCGUAUUCCUGCGUAUUUGGUGGGCAUGGUGUUUGGGUACGUCUUCUACAAACUGAAUGGGCAACCCUUCAAGAUGAGCAAGUGGAUCAAUGUCGCCAUGUGGAUUGUAGCCGUUGGAGUGGGCCUAGCUAUCAUUUAUGGACCAUAUCGUAGCAAUGGAGAGCCCAUACCGCAGUAUGCUGCGGUGAUGUAUACUGUUUUCAGUCGAGCAGCAUUUGUUAUGGCCGUGGGCUGGGUGGCAUUUGCAUGCGUCACAGGCUAUGGAGGCCCCGUCAACGCCCUCCUGAGCUGGGGCUUCUGGGCACCGUUGAGUCGCAUCACCUUCGGUGCAUAUCUGCUUCAUCCGAUUCUCAUGUAUUCCUUCUACACAACCGCCAAGUCCCAAUAUCACUUCACCUACAUCCAAUAUGCUUCCAUGUUCAUUUCCAACACUGUGUUUGCCUACGCGGCGGCCUUCGUACUGUCCAUCGGCGUUGAAGGCCCGGUCAUGGGGCUAGAGAAAGCUCUACUCGGCGGAGGGGCGAGAGGCAAGAAGAAUUAACACACGGAGCGCGGACAAACAGUUCGUCAGAGAUGAAAAUAAUGCGCCUCGAGCGUUAUUGAAGAUUUGUAGGGAUUUACAUGACCUAUUAUUUUUAGACAAACAAGUUGAAGUGAUAGUGGUGUAGUGCUCGUACUAUUGAAAACCGAGUGUGCUAUUUUUAUGUUAUGAAAGUGGACUUAAAUUCGCCUUGUAUUUUUGCGCUUAACACACUCACUACAUUGGUAUUGUUAUAUUAUUUUUAUUAUUUGACAAUUUCCCCCGAUAUUCAACAGAAUUUUGUUACAUAUCACUAAUAUAUUAUAUACGACAUUUCGAUUCAAUGUGACUACUUUUGAGUUAUCGUCCGGAAAACGAGUGCGGUUUUGUUCCAUAUAAUAUUACUUAAUGCGUGGUAGCCUAUUUCCUUCAAAAGAGGGCGCGCUACACCCCACCUGACGAGUGCGGGCGUGGUGCAGCGCGAAAUUCAAGACAGUCAUUCGUGCACACCGCCCUAAAAGUAGCAUGUUGUAGAGCGUUGUUCUUUCUUGAGUUCAGCCACAAUACUUGUUCUUCCGUUGCAUCACGUUGCUAUUACUGUGCAGCUACAUGAGCCCUCGCCUAUAUGGCUUCUGAAGGAACCUUUUCAUACAUUAGGUGAGCUUAAUUUCAAAACCUUUUCUAUAAUUGUGUAUGUUUUAGUGACGGUAUUUGAGUAGGUAUAUGAAUGUAGGUAUAUAUGUAGGUAUAUUGCUGGUAUUUGGUGACUUUAGCACAUUAUUUUGGCAAGUUAUUAUCCUCAUUACUGUAUGCUUAAUACGCUCAGCUCACUUUAUAUUAUAAGGUGUCGUUAUUUUUGUGUAAUACAAAAUGUACAUUUGCACUCACGGUUAGUGCCAUUGAAAAUGUAUUACAGUAAUCCAGUUAUGGCCAUUUUGUUGUGGUAGCUGUUGAGACGGUACCUACCAGUCACUAACUCUCUGGCAGGUACAUGAUCGUUAAUGGUUCAUAUUGUAGAAAAUUUGAUAAGAUUGGCAUUGCGUAAUUUGCCUUCAUUUAACUCUUCGUUACUGAAUAAGUGUUCUUCCUUUGGUUAAAUUUCUCCUGUUUUGGGGUAUUUUGUUUGGACAUUACGGUGUGCAGAUAUAUGCCUCGCAUGUACUCGCGUCAAAUAGAAAUGUUUCAAUUUUAGAAAUAAUGCCCAUCUCCAAAACAUUUUGUAAUUAUUAUCUUUUCAUUUUUAAAAAUCAAUUUUAAGUUCCCAAUUGAAUUAACCAUCUCGUGAGCUUUAUGGGCGACCUGAAAAGUAAGUUUCCAACAACAUUUUUGUCACCUUCUCUCGUCUGCUUGGUUUUUAACUAGACACAUUUCAAACACUCAGAUGUUACAAGACUGUGUUCAUGUACAUUGUCCUUUGUUUAUUUUCAUGCAGAUAAUACGUACAUAUUGCACAUAAGCUACAUACACAUGCUCUACAACCUUUCCCAAGGGUACAACACGAACGUUUUAUGUGGUUUGAAACCCUUUCAGCUGUCUUAAGUUUGCAAUUUUUCAUAUUCAUUAAAACAUUCUUGGUAGAAUGGUUUUGCAAACUCAUCCCAAGUGAACUUUCUAUGGUUGAGAAAAAUGGUGGAAAUGAGAUGGCGAGAGAUCUUGAAAAAUACCAUGUAAAUACAAGAAUGUGAUAAAAUUUAAAUCUGGGGAUGCUUAGAACUUUCAACAUUGACUGUUAUAGUUUAAGUUUAAGUACAGUGCAUCUUUUCUAUCCUAACAUAUGUACAUACACGAAUAUUUACAUUUAUAAAUGGCAGUACACGUGUGUAAGUGUAUACACGGAAAUUGUGCCAAUUUUUGUGUUUUCAUUUUUUUUAAAAUCUGGACAGGCUAUUUAGGGGGCAAAGAAUUACACAUUUUUUCAGUUCUACAUGUACAUGUAGUGACUGUUCAUUGGAAUGAUUUCAAAAAUAAUGUACAAAACAUAAUAUACAGCCUCAAUGCCUCAUAUACAUCAACUCAAAGAGCAACAUAAUAUUUUACAAAUUAAAAAACUAGCGAUUGUUCAGCAAAUAAUACAGAUCCAUAAUUCACUGGGUGCGUAGCAAGCUACUAAUCACAAAAGAAAAUAUUUAAUUCAAGGUACUGUUUAUGUAAUCUCACCCAAAAUUAGAAAAAGAAUUAUUUUGAGCUAGAUUUAGUUUAAAUUCACAAUUUGUACAGAAUUGAAGUGGGUGCCUCAAUCAUGUCAAUUGACAUCACAGAAACAGCACCACACGAUAUACAGACAGGAAACAAUUAAUUCUAAAACGUUGUCUGUUUUUUAUAUAUACAACUUUAAUUUGGCUUAAAAUUCAUUUGUUCCUCUUUUUAUAAUAACCAUGGUCCUGAACUGAACCAAUUUUUUGUUUGUAGAUAAUUCAUGGUCACUGACCAAUAUCCUAUAGUCAUAACACGGAAUAAAGUGAAUACUUUCCAAUGAAAA